UCCACUGGGUUUGUCCCUGUGCAGACGCCGUAGUUGUAGUUUAAACAUGGCGUCGGACAGCGAUAGCGACGAGGACUUCGUGACUUACGGGACUCCUCUGGAGCCUCUGGAGGAAGACAAACCGCUGAAGAAGCCGAUCCCACUGCACGAACAGACGGUGAAGGAUGAGAAAGGCCGAUAUAAAAGGUUUCAUGGAGCGUUCACUGGAGGAUUCUCAGCCGGUUACUUCAACACGGUCGGCUCUAAAGAAGGCUGGGCGCCGUCAGCCUUUGUGUCGUCACGGCAACAGAAGGCGGGGAAACAAAAUGCGAGACCAGAAGAUUUCAUGGACGAGGAGGAUUUCAGCGAACACGGAAUCGCUCCCAGAGAAAUCACCACCAGCAGCGAGUUCUCGUCCAGCCGCAGAGACCAAGCUGCAGAGAAGGCGAAAGCCAUCAACGCUCAGGCUGCUCUGAUACCUGGAGACACACUGCUGGAGGAGCUUAUCGCACCUGCCAGGUUGUCCAUUGGGGUGGAGCUGCUGAGGAAGAUGGGCUGGAAGGAGGGUCAAGGUGUCGGGCCAAGAGUGAAGAGGAAAACUCGGCGACAGCAGAUGGAUGGUGGAAGCAGAGUGUACGGCUGUGCGCUGCCCUCUGCUGGCGCGGAGGAUUCAGAGGACGAUGACGACGAGGAGUUUGCUCCAGAAAACGUGACUUUUGCCCCGAAGGACGUGACUCCGGUGGACUUCAGCCCCAGGAUGGGGGUCCAGGGUCUGGGUUACCGCGGUCUGGACCCGGGUCUGGCCCUGCUGGGCCACGGAGCUCCAGAACACAUCGACCUGUUCAAACCCCAGUCUGAGGCCAGGAGUCGGCUGUUUGGAGACGAACGAAGCGGCACCAGGAGAGGAGGCGUGGCCGGACAGGCCUUCGGUGUCGGAGCUCUGGAGGAUGACGAUGAUGAAGACGUCUACCACCGAGACUCCAUGUCCCGGUAUGACUCGGUGCUGGGGGGGGAGGAGCCUGGAGACAGACUCUACGGAUGGACGGCACCGCAGCAGUACAGCAGGAAUAAAGACAGAAGCAAAGAUGUGUCGUACCUCGGUAAGAUCCUGGAAGGCUUCACUCUGGCCCAGAAACCAGCCAAGGAGAAAACCAUCUUUCCUCCGCCGUCGCUGCCCAGAGACUACCGUCCGGUUCAAGGUUUCCGUCCGGUGGUCGAAGUCUCUCGUCUGUCCGGCGUCAGUCCUGCUCUGGCCAAAGCUCUGAGGACGUCCAGAGGACACAUGGUGAAAGAAGAACCUCAGCAGGGAGGACGACACCAGCUGCACUCUGGACAGAGGAGGACGCUGCUGGGAGAGGACGCCCUGCAAGGUCCCAGUUCGGUCAUGGAGCUGCUGAGACCUGAAGACCGACAGCGUCUACUGAACCUCCGCAAUGCCUCCAACCAGACCUCCAACCAGACCUCCAACCAGACCUCCAACCAGACCUCCACCCCUGAGUCUCGGGUGUCGGUGGUGUCUUCGCCCUCUUCAGGCCUCCAGCAGCAGCAGGAAGCUCUGGCAGCCUGGAGAGGAGUCCAAAUAUCUACACAAACCUUCAGACCGUUUGAGAAGAACCCAAGCAAACAGGAGCGAUAUGAACUUUACCUGAACCGCCUCAAGCAGGGAGACAAAGACGCCCUGGACCGGAGCCUGGACCCGGCCAUGACGGAGUGGGAGCGCAGCAGGGAGAGGGACGAGUUCGUCCGGGCCUCCAUCCUGUACCGACCCAGCUCCUCCUCGCUGUCCACCCGCUUCACCAGAGCCCAGCACCAGGAGGACGACGACACGGUGGAGGUCAGCAGGGACCAGGAGGGCGACAUCGAUGACAAACAGGCCGCCGUGACGAUGAAGAUGUUUGGAAAACUGACCAGAGAGACGUUCGAGUGGCAUCCGGACAAACUGCUCUGCAAGAGGUUCAACGUACCCGACCCGUUUCCAGGGUCCGGGACCGUCGGUUUGCCCAAAGUGAAACGAGACAAGUUCUCCGUGUUUAACUUCCUGACUGUGGCUGAGAGCAGAGAGCCAACAGCUCUUCUGAAGCCUCCAGAGUCCAUGAAGAAGUCCAGGUGGGAUGUUUCAGAGCAGAAGAAGGAGGAGGAUUGUCUGAGUGAGAUGCUGAGCGCUGCACGAAGCCAGACUGAGACCAAAGUGGAGAAACCAGCAUCUUUACCAGCUUCAUCAUCCAGCAGCCAGCAGACGGAGGUGAAGGCAGCAGAUCAGAAGAAGAAAGAAGGUGAUGAAGACCAGGAGGAGGAGGAGGACAGACCUCCCAUGGAUCUGUUUAAGGCCAUCUUCGCCAGCUCGUCUGAGGAGAAGUCCUCGUCUUCAUCGGAGGGAGGGAGCGACGAAGAGGAGGACGGAAAGAUGGACUCACAGCCUCUGAACCUGUUCAACAUCUCCUCAGUGACCUCCUCUUCAGCCACCACCUCCUCUUCCUCCUCCUCCAUCACCACCUCCUCCUCCAUCACCUCCUCCUCCAUCACCACCUCCUCCUCCAUCACCUCCUCCUCCAUCACCACCUCCUCCUCCAUCACCUCCUCCUCCACCUCCUACUCUGCUACUUCCAGUCAGCUCCCAGUUUCCUCUAAAGCUUCGACUCAGCAGGACGACGAGGAGUUUGGUCCGAAGCUGCCGCCUCCUUCAGCUGCUCUCACCAGAGGAGGCGCCACCUCCGUCAGCGAGGAGCGGAAACCCAGCAGGAGAAGUAAAGACAAGAAACACAAGAACAAGAAGCAGCACAAACACAAGAAGGACAAGAAGAAGAAGAAACAGAAGAAGCACAAACACAAAGUGAAGCAGCAGAAGAAGAAGGAGACGGACAGCAGCUCAGAGGACAGCGAGGAGGACGGACAGGUGUCCACAGACGAGCUGCUGAAAAGACUGAAGAACAUUCGUUCCCAUCAGACCUGGUGAAUCAGCAGCAGCAGCUUUGUCCUCUGUGAGGACAUCCAUCAGCUGACCAACAUCAUUUUAACAACCUGCUCUAGUUUUAAACGAUGGAAUAAAACAGUCAUUAUUAACCCUCA